CAGAGUGGAAGAGCGGAGUCAAGGAUUUUCAGGGACACACGAGGAAGAGCAGCUGCAGGGAGCAUGACAAGACGCUAGACGCUAGAUUGCUAGGAACAUUUCUGGGACGAUGAGGAGAAUCUAUAUGAGAGAACCUGGAGCAUCCAGAAGCCUGCUCUGUGGACCGCAGAGGGGCCUGUGUGUGAGCACAGAUGGUAGGAAGGUGGAUGCCAGGAAUGAUAGCGCUCCAGUCUUUUCGGGAAUAAGGAAGUCGAGUAUGGAUGGAGGAGUGAGGAGCUUCGAGGAGAUCCCUCACACAGGAAGGAGUGGCUGGGUGAAUUUAGUGAAAUUCUGGAGAGAAGAUCGCUUUCGUUUCCUACACAAGCACAUGGAGAGGACCUUCAGCUCCCUCGGUCCAAUCUACAGAGAACACAUCGGCACCCAAAGCACCGUGAACAUCAUGUUGCCAGCAGACAUCAGCGAGCUGUUCCGCUCCGAGGGUCUCCACCCUCAGCGGAUGACUCUGCAGCCCUGGGCCACCCACAGAGAGAUUCGACAGCACAGCAAAGGAGUCUUCCUCAAGAACGGUGAGGAGUGGAGAGCCGACCGCCUCCUCCUCAAUAAGGAAGUGAUGAUGAGUGCAGCGGUCAAGCGCUUCAUCCCUCAUCUUGAUGAAGUGGCCAGAGACUUCUGUCGAAUGAUGCGAGCCAAGGUGGAAAGAGAAGGAGUGGGGGACAAGAGGAGACGCAGCCUCACCAUCGACCCCAGUCCUGACCUCUUCUGCUUCGCACUGGAAGCGAGCUGUCAUGUCCUCUACGGUGAGAGGAUCGGCCUGUUCUCCGCCUCUCCUUCUCUGGAGUCUCAGAAGUUCAUCUGGGCAGUGGAAAGAAUGUUGGCAACGACCCCGCCUCUGCUCUACCUGCCCCACCGCCUGCUUCUUCGCAUUGGCGCCCCCAUCUGGACCCAACAUGCCAUGGCAUGGGACCACAUUUUUAGCCAUGCCGAGGCGAGGAUCCAAAAGGGGUACCGGCAAAUGUCGCUCAAGACUGGUGCUGCUGGGGACCAGUUCACUGGAGUCCUCAGCCAACUGAUGGAGAAAGGACAAUUGUCUUUGGACAGAAUUAAAGCAAACUUAACUGAGCUGACGGCUGGUGGAGUCGACACGACAGCGGUACCACUGCAGUUUGCCAUGUUUGAGCUGGGACGAAACCCAGAGGUACAGGAGAGAGUCAGACAGCAAGUGAGAGCAUCAUGGGCUCAGUGCGGUGGAGACGUCCAGAAAGCCCUGCAGGGGGCCAAACUGUUGAAGGGCAUUGUGAAAGAGACUCUCAGGUUGUAUCCAGUGGGGAUCACGGUGCAGCGCUAUCCAGUCAAAGAUAUUGUGAUCCAGAAUUACAAGAUUCCAGCUGGCACGAUGGUCCAGGCCUGUCUGUACCCGCUCGGCAGGAGUCCAGCUGUGUUUCAGGACCCACAUCUGUUUGACCCUGCCCGCUGGGAGAGCAGUGGGGAGGAAGGUGAAAGAGGAAGAGGAGCAGAUGGAGCAGGAUUCCGAUCUUUGGCCUUCGGAUUUGGUGCCCGACAGUGCGUCGGACGGAGGAUCGCCGAAAAUGAGAUGCAACUUUUCCUCAUGCAUGUACUUCUGAAUUUCCGGCUUGGUGUGACGUCCAGUGAAGACAUCAGAACCAUAUACACCCUCAUCCUGCAGCCAGAGACUCCACCAAGGAUCACAUUUAGCAGUCUCUAGCCACAACAAUGCCUAUUUGAAACCAUUUAUGCUUUUGAAUUCUCGACUUUCUUGGACUUAAACAAGACAAACCAUACAAGUCCACACUCUUCUCCAUCAGAUGGCGCUUAAACACAUGAUCAUUGAUCCAUGAAAAUGUUCCCAACUCACUCCCCAGUCUCAGUGGCUGCUUCACCCACCCGUCAGGUUUGUUCUAGAUAUUUCACUCCUCUGCCUGUGUUUGUACAAGCGAGUGAUCUAGACAUGCGGAGAGUUCUGAGGAGUUAUUUCUUCACUUGUUGCUGUAAAUUGAUCGUGUUUCCCCAAGCCACAGUAAGUGAAGCUGCCACUCGAACUCAAGUGUCCCCCAGUGUGACAGUGAAGUUUUAAGAGCACGUAAUUUGGCUUGUUUUCGGCUGUACUUUGCCUUCUGGGUGUAAAACCGCCAUGGUCUUCUCUUAUAGCCCAGUAUACAGGGUGGUAGGACACUAUCAGCAGUCCAGUCGGGUACAAAGGUCUGUUUGCUCUGCCACUAAAGAUUUACACUCCCGGUCGAACCAUCCGUGCGUGACUCUGCAUGUAUUAAAGAGUGGAAGUUAAAGAAUGACUCAUCAGUUUCCUGAGACCCACGAGCGAUUAGCAGCUGUGCCCUUUUAAAAUAUCAUUACCAGUGUUUAUAUUUGCUGAAUUAUAAAUCAGGAUUCAUUAACCAGCGCCAUCUACAAACAUUGAUGUUUGCUCUCACGA